AUGAAUCAAAUAAACUUACCACAAGGCGAUCGAUAUGGAAAUGAGCAAAGUUCUGGUUUGGUUCCAGGUCAUAUGAACCAUGAUAGUUACAUGACAUCGAAUAGAUCAAAUUUUAGUUUUGGAAAUCAAAAUUUGCCGCGAACGACAUAUUUAAAACGUCUAAAGCAGAUUCCAUCUUUCAAUGGUGAUAACUACAAGGAGUUGAAAACGUUCAUUACAAAGGCUGAUACUUUAUAUCAUUAUGCAGCUAAUCCAAGUGAAGAAGAUGAAUUUUUUGAGCAAAUGAUGUUCCAACUGGGCGAAGAGCCACGGAAUUUGUUAAUAAACAUGAGUAAUCCAUCUUGGGAGGUAAUCAAACAAAAGUUGAUGAAGCAUUAUGCGUAUUUGUCGAACAAAGAAAUUUUGGCGAGUCAAAUGGAAAACUUACGUCAAGAGAAAGGCGAAUCAUUGUCAAAAUACGUUGAGCGUAUAAGACAACUUCAGAAAGAUAGAAAUUCGACAUACAGUUUUAUGUCUGAUGACUUGCGCAAAGAACAUGACCGUAUAGCUCGUCGAGCAUUCAUAAACGGUCUUGGAGACAGUAAAUUGCGUAACAUUAUGACAAUCAGAGGCUCAAGUUCUUUGGAAGACGCUAUUACCCAUGCUCUUGGAGCCGAAAGCGACUCUUUAAGUCAAAUUCCGAGAGGAGAGCUAUUCUGCAGGUUCUGUAGGGCAUUAGGUCAUCGAGAAACUGACUGCAGAAACAAAGAUAGUGGUGACAAGAGUCUAAAUCCAUUAAUUUCUGCGAUACGCUCAAUCACAAAUCAAAAUUAUCAAAGAAAUUUCAAUCAAAAUUCGAACUGGAAUCGUAAUGCGAAUUGGAAUCGCAAUUCAAAUUGGAACCGUAAUACAAAUUGGAAUCGUAACUCGAACUGGAAUAAUAGUGGCAUGAACCGUAACCAGCCAAGAAAUAAUAACAAUGACUUUUGGCGUAAUAGAAACAAUGGCAUGCAAUCAUAUAAUCGAAAUUUUGGCAAUAACGGACAGGGUUACAAUAAUGGUAAUCGUAAUUUCAAUGGUGGCUAUAAUAAUAGCAAUCGCAAUUUCAAUAAUAACAACAAUGGUUUCCGAAACGGAAGCAAUGACUCUCGAAAUUUCAAUGGUCAAAAUAAUCAGAAUCGUAAUGGUCAAAAUAAUCGUCAGUUCAAUAGAUCAAAUAAUUUCGCAGGCAUCUUUAAUCAAGAAGAACAUGUGAAUCAUCUUCAGUAUGAGCAUGGUUCAGACAAUCAAAUUGAAGUAUCGGAAAACUAA